UGGAGGUGUGAGGAAGUGAUUCCAGCUCGCUCAGGAUCUCAUCUCAUCUCAUCCCUAACCUUCCAACCUGCGCAAUCUACCAAAAUGGCCGGCAAGACUUUCAACGUGGGAAUUGUCGGAUAUGGCGCUUCCGCCAAAAUCUUCCACAUCCCCUUCAUCACCCAGACGCCCCAAUUCAAGCUCUACAGCAUCGUCCAGCGAUCUCCCAAGGAGGGCAACUCGGCGCCCAAUGAUUACCCCGACCUCAAGCACUACACCGACUACAAGGCUCUGUUUGCCGACCCCAGCGUCGACCUCGUCGUCAUCGGCACUCCUCCCGACAACCACUUCGAGUUGACCAAGGCCGCUCUGGAGUCUGGCAAGCACGUCUUGACCGAGAAGCCGUUUGUGCCCACGUCCGCCGAGGCCGACAAGCUCAUCGCCAUUGCCAAGGAGAACAGCCGCCUCAUCUGCGUCUACCAGAACCGACGAUGGGACUCCGACUUCCUCACCGUGAAGCACCUCGUGUCGACCGGCGCGCUGGGCCGCGUCGUCGAGUUCAACACCCACUUUGAGCGCUACAAGCCCCAGGCCUCGACCAACUGGAAGAACGACUUGACCAUUGCCCAGGGCGGCAGCGCGCUCUUCGAUCUCGGCACCCACCUGAUCGACCAGGUCUACACGCUCUUCGGCAUGCCGCAGUCGAUCCACGGCCGUACCCUCAACCAGCGCGAGGGAACCUACGACUUUGUCAACCCGGACGGCGUCACCGCCGAGCUGACCUAUCCCGGCCUCCUGGUCCACGUCCGCAUCAGCAUCAUGAGCGCCGAGGUCGUCCAGCCGCGGUUCUGGGUGCGCGGCACCAAGGGCAGCUUCCAGAAAUGGGGCCUCGAUCCCCAGGAGGAGCAGCUCCAGGCCGGCUGGAAGGCUACCGACGCUGGCUUCGGCAAGGACGACCCCAAGAACUUGAAGCUGACGCUGGUCGGCGACGAUGGCGUCCCCAAGGCGGCCGCUGCGCCUCUCUUCGAGCCCCAGACCUACAAGGCCUUCUACGCCGAGCUCGCCAAGGCCAUCGAGAGCGGCAAGGAGGAGGAUGUGCCCGUCAAGGCCAGCCAGGCGCGCGACGUGCUGCAGUUGCUGGAGGGUCUGUUGGAGAGUGCCAAGACUGGCAAGGAUGUUUCCUUUGCAUGAGGAUGAAUAUACAUGUAUAAUGAAGAUUUUAAUGAGAUAGCGAAAAGUUAAUCAUCUGCUCCGAAGGCUUGGUUGAAUGACAAUUGUGAAGUGUCGACAGUGCUGUUGGAGGAGGCCAGAUGCGACGUCAAAUAAGAGGCAAGGGAUCGGCUUCAGAGGAAGGAAUCAACAACACAGUCAAAGAGCAAGUGGCAAGUGCUUCUUCUUAUUGUACGUUUCUCCAAGAAAGUUCCCGUCAAUCACCACUCAACAACACCA